AUGUCCUCCGAAGCUCGCCUCUUCACCUUCUCGCCCGAGACCAAGGAAAAGCUGCGCAAGUUCCGCCUCGGCACUUCGCGCGCAAAGGACCCCCAAGCUGUCAUCUACCAGAUCGACAAGAAGACGCUCGAGAUCCACCAGUCGGACAAUGAGGUCUACACCAAUCUGCAGGACAUUGCCGACGAGCUGCCUGACAACACGCCGCGCUUCGUGCUGCUCAGCUAUCCCAUGACUCUUGAAUCCGGCCGUCUCUCCGUCCCAUACGUUAUGAUCUACCACCUGCCCACAACCUGCAACUCGGAAAUGAAGAUGCUCUACGCCAGCGCUAAGGAGCUGAUGCGCAACACGGCGGAGGUCAAUCGCAUCAUUGAGAUUUCUGAUGCCGAAGAGCUUGAAAACAUCGAGAAGCAGCUUCAGAACGACGCGUGA